UGUUCAGUCAUUAUCGCAGUGCGUCCAUAGUAACAGCACAAUAACAUGUACAUCAGCACCGUACUGAAAGUAACAAAUGAUCGUUAAGAAUUUUUUGCUUGUCAUCGGGCGUAUUUUGGAGCCGUUUUAUAAAAUCACACCGUUGGUGUUUACCUCUCACUUCUGACGUUCCGUGCUGAACUAGUCAAGCAGCAUGAGGGAACUUUUCGAUGUGCAACGCCAGAAUUUCUGGACCGAGUCCAUCCACAAGGAAGCGUACACUCGCCUGGCCUGGCACGAGAAGUACAGCAAGGAAUUCGCCCGGGAAUCCCGCAGAGGGAUCGCCCGCAAGCAUCGGCCAAACAUGGUCCCAAACGUGGUCGCCACCCUGAAGGCCCGCAAACCCGCCGCUGAGCAGUCACACAGCCUGAGCGAGCUGGCGGCCAAGAAAGAGGCCAGAAAGAAAGACUUGGCAGCCAUGGCCAGCGAGGACCCCGACGCCUUGCUAGUCGAGAUGAGACCCGUGACGCCGGCGGUCAAAGACCAGCUCUAUAAAGGCUUCAGCAAGGAAGGCACCGGCCGGUACGCCUACCUGCAGAUCAGGAAGUUGAAGAAACCUGAAGUCAAGUACGAUUUUCCUAUUACCAGCUCCUGGGAGUACGGAUGGCGUUUGGAUGAUGUGGUCAAGGAAUUCCGAGCACCUGCAUUUGGUCGAUCUCGUAUUGUCAAGGACUCCUUCUACCGUACCAAUGGAAUUUUUUAACACUGUUAGCUCCAUAUUAAGAAAAAAGUAUGAGACUAUCUUCAUCUUCCCAUCAGCUGUCCAGACAGUCCUAUGCAACACUGCAGAAACCCUCCGAAUACUGCUACUACUGUCCAGCUCUGUCGUAAUAUUUUUCUGUUUUGUAUAUUUAGGAUGUUUUGUGGGUAUUUGUGUAUAAAUCAAAGGUUACGCAACAAUUGAUGUCAGUACUUUUGCUCGAAAAAUAGAUAAGAAUUGUGGAAAUGAGCAGAAACCAUUUUAUAAUGAUACCACCCAUGAUGUCAUGGUUAAAUUCCUUGGUGCAUGGAACUUUGAAAUUGUUGAAAUAUAGCAUGAAUGAAAUGAUAAUCACGCUGAUGGCCACAGUCAUGUGUACAGCAUUUGCCAUGUAGAAGAAAAACAUUUUAACUGAGUGUAAAAUGAAUUAUGUGAUUUUAAUUUUCAUAUUAAACCAAAAUGAUCCAUAAGACAAAGGUCCUGAAAGUUGUACACGUAUUACUGUAAUUCAUGUACUGCUGAUUAUUCACCUUUUGAUCUUAAAAAGGGGAUUCCUUUUCAUGGUGGAAUAUACAUGUACUCAUGAUUAUGGCUGCUCACUUUAAUCAACUUACUUCAAGUUCCAAAUUAAAUUGCAGCUGUAGUAUUAGUGAGCAGAGAGUGUCAGCCAAGGUCAAGUCAAGCCGAGGAAUGUAGGUCUACCAUACCAACAGAAAAAAGGCAGUCAUGCCCAGGCUGCAAAGUGUACAUCAGGUACCGAGGCAGAUACUCUGCGUAGUCUGGCAAAAGAACUAGUUUACCAGCAGGUUUUAGAACCAGCGUUAAAGAAGGGGUGUCCACAUAUGCCUUGACGGGAGGAAAGUUCCAAGUUGUUGAUUUUAUUUAUGCUUUUACAUGCAGUUUGUGCAACAAAAGGUGUCUAAAAUGGCCAAUGGGGUGUUUAUUACAAGGUUUUCCAAACACCCCUCUGGCAAAAGCAUUGCCUUACAUGUACAUGCACCGUGAAGUGUGUAUUGGAUUCCCACAUGACAAAUGCUAGGUAUGAACUUACAAAUAAUAUAUGUAUGCAACACUUAAAUGUUGUUCAUCAAAGGAUCAAGGUCCACAGAGGUAAUGAUGGGGGUAAACCGUACCCCUUCUAUAUGAAAGUCAGCUUAAUCUAGAUUUAAACACAUUUGAAGUAAAACAGUGAAGAACCCUGUAUCUGAACAUGUUUCUGUUGGGAUUUUUUCUAUCCACUUAAUACUACACGGUACUGACAUUUCUUUCUCGUUCAAGAAUGUUAUUUAGAAACCAGCUGCUUGAUUUUUUGCUCAAUACUUGAACCUUAGGCCUAUUAUUACAUAAUAUUUUUUUUUCUCAAAGGAGCAGUAGACUGUGUUUUAUGUUUUGUACAUUUGUCCAGGAAAAUUAUGCAGUGUUCUAACUUUCGGAACUUAAUUUGACCACUCUUCCAUUACUGUGUUGGUUGUGCUAGUAAAUGAAUGUUUAGUGAAUUUCUCAAAGUAUUGGAUUAAAAGUGCCAAUUGGAA